UCUGUUUUUCCCAGCUAGGACUCCUCCGAGGGCCUUUUCAAGAUGGCUACCUGGAAAGAGAGGCACUACCUCUGUGCGGAGAAAUACAUACCAUGUCCGGGGUUUUCUCCCCGACCUUAUCACAAACUAGCUACUCAGAAGCCUCCGUACACAGAUUCCAAGAUCAAAGUUCUCCAGAAAAUGCGUUGCCCGCUUGAGGAAGCUGUCCUUUGGCACAUCUGGGGCUACCACACCUGGUUGGAUGUAGGGAGGUUGCCCCCCGUCUAUGGGCCCAGACCGGACGUGCCUUUCGAUAGCAACACGUGGCGAUGGAUCACUGCUCCCAGUAAGCCCUCUAUGGCUGAGCCACCGGUCCCACCUCCUUCCCUCUUGGAUGGGAACACCUACGCCAAGUUCAUUGAAGGGGAAGGUCUCUUUGUGGACCUCAGGCAGAAGAAACGAGUCCUGAGCCUAACGCAGAAAGAAGUGAACAAGUGUGAGUACUUGAAGUUCAGAAGUGAGUGUCGGGCUCCACCUUUGGAUGCUCAAGGGAACAUUAUGCCUCCCAAAAUGCUCAGCAGGUACAGACGUCUGCUUCCAGGAAAACCCCCGGCUUCCGUCCGUGUGGCGCUACAACCUGUGGUAUCUUCUUCUCCAGAAUGUUGGCAUUAUCCCUGUCCGAGCUUUCAACCCCAUUACCAAGACUCAGCUGUUAAGUUUGUGCUGAAGAACUGUGGCCCCAUUUACCAGGAUGUGGUGGAAAAAUACCAGGAACUGGUCCUUUCUGGGAGCCAAAUACGGACUUCCACUCCAGCCAGCCAAAUAAACAGACAAGACUAAAUUCUACCCUCUAAAAACUCCAGAUUUGGGAGGUCCAAAAAUACUUGGCCGAGCAAUCCAGAAUAGCUACCGGCAUUCCACCGAUGUGGUCAUUCUGGGUGCGUACAUUAAUUUUACAGCCAUUCCUUCUUCCCGAGAAGAUGCUAUGGGAAGAUGUACAUACCAGUGGCGUCCUCAUUCAUGAUGGACACAGGUCAAAGGUUUGUGGGAAUGGAAAGGAAGCAGCGUUCAUACCCUGCUAAUUGGUAAGAGAUGAUUUAUUAAGGGCUCCUCAUUGAUCAAAUAUUUGCUUUAUUUAGCAAAAACAUGUUGGUUAGGAAGCAGGAACCGUCACUGGCGCAAUGCUGCUUUUCUGAACUUUUCUACCGAGCUUCAAUGUUGGAGACAACUUACAACUUAUGGACCGUAUUCUCCAUAUGUUGUAAGGGGACUACUCAAAACUCAGAGAUCCAGUAGCUGUAGGGAGUUAGUUGUAGCCUCUUUCUUCAACAUAAUGAGGAAUGAGAAAGAUGUUCUUUAGCCUUCGAGCGAUGUUCUUAAAUAAUGGUGCUACUUCCUCACCCUUGACCCGUCCCUCUUCUGUCCAUCUAACUCAGUUAUGUAGCAGCAGAAAUAUAACAAGUCCCUUUUUGCUGUACUGUGCACGCUGGACCAGAAAUAUUGGCAUUUAAAAGCCUAUUUUGUUUCAAAGUUAAAAUGCUCACGUCUAAAGGACACUAAGGAGGUUAGAUCACAAAGUUUUGCAUACGUUUUGCUGCUAAAUAUGUUUUUAAUAAAUUAAUUUAAAAGGC